AUGACGCCAGUUGAGAGCCCGCAGAACGACCUCCGGAGGCUGCAGAGAGGUGGUGGCAUCGAGCGAAAGAACACCACGCCCAGGCGACGACCUGAUGGCGAUGAUCUUUGUGCAAUAUGUGACGAUGGUGGUGAUAGGUCCUUCCACCUAACUGAUGGAAACAGUGAAAGAUCGAGGUGCAGAGAAAUCCUUAGGUUAAGUGCUGAACAGGCAAAGAUGAUCCUUGCUGUUGAUAAAGAUUUUAUAUGCAAGAACUGCAAGUAUCAGGAACAUCAGUGUUUUGCUUGUGGAAAAUUGGGGUCUUCAGACUUGUCAUCAGAAGCUGAGGUGUUCCAAUGUGAGGUUGAUGAUUGUGGGCACUUUUACCACCCUAAGUGUGUUGCUAAACUGCUCUAUCCAGAUAGCGAAGACAAGGCCACACUUUUUGAGGUCCAAGUUGCUGUUGCCAGAGAAAAAUCCACUUGUCCUAUGCAUGAAUGUAUUCUGUGCAAGGGAGGAGAGAAUAAGAAUGAUAGGAAUAUGCAAUUUGCAGUAUGCAGACGCUGCCCAACUACAUACCACUGGAUGUGCUUGCCAAGCUGUCCUUCAAGGAGGCGCUGUUGGGUGGCUCCUCUGCGUCUGCGACGCCUUCACAUGGCCCCAUGGGCCGGUCACCCUCGUCGUCCUCGCCGCCGGUGGCUCCUGAUGCGGCUCCGACUCGGAUCGUCCUCCGUCUUGAGGAUCGGGCGGUGGCGAGUGCUGGCAAGCGCUCGGACGCGGACGGCUGGUGGACUGCGGAAGGCCGGCGCGCUAGAGGUGCUCGGCGCCGGAAGGCGCGCCUGUCGUGGCGGCCGGUUCCGUCGGACCUGCAAGAGAGGUGUUUCAACUGUUUUUCUCGACAUCAUCGCGUGGCGAGCUGUCGGUCUGCACCCCGCUGCUUCCACUGCCGGUCUCUGGGGCAUCGUCUCUAUGCCCGUCCUGCUCGCUGGGGAUUCUGAUGGAGAACCCGGGGACCCUCUUCCUUUGCCUUCGAGUGGUGAUGAUGAAUCUCUAGAGGCCCAGGUCGUGAAGCCUAGACGAGUGAUCGACAGGUCUGCUUCCAUUGCCCAUAGGGAGGUGGCUCUUGGGCGAGCGCUGGUUGUUACCGUGAUCGGCGACUGCCGUGAUGGUUUGGAAACCCCCAUUAGGGAGCUGAUUGCCAGCCAGUUCAAGCUCGCGGUGGAGUACUCUCUCUGCUUCGUUCUGGGCCAGCUAGUUUCAUUUUGGUUCUGGCGGAUGAGGACACGGCAACAAGAGUACAAUGGCGGGCGGCCAAUCAUCGGCCAAAGCUUCCGUCUUCAUACCAUGCGCUGGUCGCGUUUCAUGCAUUCUUCGGCAUCUACGUUGCCUUCGGCUGUCGACAUUGAGCUGCGAGGGAUCCCGGCCCAUGCUUUGGAGCUGGCCACGACGAAGCAAUUGCUAAAUGAGUUCUGCUGGGUCGGCGGCGUUCAUCCGGCCAAUGCGGACAGGCGUGACGUGGUCAAGGUGGCUGCUUUGUGUUCGGAGCCCUCGCGGAUCCCCUCCGAGAUGGAUCUUGACAUCAUUGAACCUCCACUGGCUGAUGACAUCUCCGGCCCGGCGAAGCGUGUGCUGCGCAACCACAACCUAGCGCCUGGCAAUAUUGACCCAAUUAUGGAGUGCUUCCGGGAUAGCUCCAUCUCCUUCCUUGAGCUGGCGGUUCGGUCUUGCGACGACGGCGACGACGGGCUGCUGCCUGCUGACCGAGGCUCCAUCGACUCCGGGAGGGCCUCUCCUGGCCAGAAGCUCGCCAAGGUGUGCAAGCCGGUGGAUAGGAUUCUCCCACUGCCCGUGGUCCAGAAGAGGAGAAGGAAGGCCGCCCCUCCGGGGUCCCUGCCGCGCCGCAGCCGGAGGGUCGACAGGGCCAGGCCGUGUUCUCCAGGCCCGGUGCUCUCGGAGGCGCAGAAGCGGGUCGGUUCUUCUAUUCGUGUAACAAUGAAUCCAGCUGCUAUUUUGAUAUGGAAUGCGCGAGGCCUCAACAAGAAGGAUCGCAGAAAUUCUGUCAGAGAAGUCAUUCUUUAUAGUAAUGCGGACAUUGUCUGUCUUCAAGAAACUAAGGUCGCAAACAUGAAUCAACGUUUAUUCUUAUCAGUUUUUGGCUCAGCUUUUGACAAGUUCCUUGCACUCCCAGCCAAUGGUACACGUGGAGGGGUUUUGAUAGCUUGGAAGAGCAGUUCAUGUCAGGCACUUGCAACCAGGGUAGAUACAUAUUCAGUCUCUGUCCUGUUCUCUGAACAAGAGGGUCGCAACUGGUGGUUCACCGGUGUUUAUGGGCCACAAGCAGAUGAUGAGAAAGUGUUGUUCUUGCAAGAACUCAGGAACAUCCGUGCUCUGUGCAAUGGGCCCUGGCUUGUUGCAGGAGAUUUUAAUUUAAUUUAUCAAGCUGCGGACAAGAAUAACACAAACUUAGACAGAGCAAUGAUGGGAAGAUUCAGGAGAUUUCUGGAUGAUGUCGAGGUCAAGGAGAUUCCUCUGUUGGGUCGCAAAUAUACAUGGUCUAAUGAGAGGCAGUCUCCGACUCUUGUGAGAUUAGAUCGUGCCUUCUGUUGUAUGGAUUGGGAAGGCAUCUUCCCUGAUUCAGUUCUGCAGAGCUCAGCUGCUGGGGUCUCUGAUCACUGCCCGCUUAUCCUAGGCCUGAAAGUAAGCACCAAUGGCAAACGACGGUUUCAUUUUGAAAGUUUCUGGACCAAGGUCCCGGGAUUCUUGGAUGCGGUCAAGCAGAAUUGGGAGGCUCCGGUACAAGCUAAUUGUGCCGUUGAGCGCCUAUUUCUAAAGUUGCAGCGGCUUAGCAAGGCUCUUCAAAAGUGGGGUCAGCGUAAGGUGGGGAACAUCAAAGUCCAGCUUGGAAUGGCCAAGGAGGUUCUCCAUCGGUUGGAAACCGAGAGAGAUUCCAGGGAGCUCUCUGACAGUGAGGAGUGGCUGCGCAGAAAGCUCAAGCUCCACUGCCUCGGGUUGGCCUCUUUGGAAAGAACUGUCGCUAGACUGCGCUCUAGAAUUUUGUAUCUCCAGGAGGGUGAUGCUAAUACCGCCUUUUUCCACCAGCAAACUCGGUUCAGAAAAAAGAAAAAUUUCAUCCCUAAGCUGCAGGUUGGGAAUCGGUUGGUUGUCUCUCAAGAAGAGAAACAGGCGGCUGUGCUUGACUUGUAUGAGAAUGUUCUUGGGAAGGCAGAAGAGAGGGAUUUUUCUAUUGAUCUUGAGGAAUUGGGCGUUCAGCAACACGAACUUUCCUUGCUGGAUGAUCCAUUCUCCGAGGAAGAGGUCUGGGCUACUACUAUUAAAGACUUGCCUUUGGAUAAGGCCCCGGGUCCGGAUGGGUUUACGGGCCGCUUCUAUAAAACCUGCUGGAGCAUUAUCAAAGGUGACUUGCUAAUGGCCCUGGAUGCCAUUUAUAGGGGCCAUGUUUUCAAUUUCCGACUUCUGAACACAGCCUUUAUUACCUUGCUGCCUAAGAAGAUAGAGGCGGUGGAGGUAAAGGAUUUUCGGCCGAUAAGCUUAAUACACAGUUUUGCUAAGCUGGUGACUAAGGUCAUGGCUAACCGUUUGGCUCCUUUGUUGCCCACUCGUCUCAGCUAG